UUUCCCGGUGACCACCGUAGUGAAAAUGAGCUCGUAGCUCUUUUCCUUCAUGUCCGGAAUUAGGAACAUCUUCCUGUUUAAAUACUUAAACGUUUCGUUUGUGGGUUCACUUGCAUGAACCUGGUACGGUUAUAACAAACUAUAACGUUACGUCUCGGUGGCUUACACCCUUAACAACCGUUCAUAUCUGUUCAGUCCGACAUGAAAAGAAACGGCGCGUACAAGUUUUUAUCAGUUUUCUCCUGCUUCAUCGUUUGCGCGUUUUUGUUUGUAUUUUGGUUCUUUAUAUUUUACUCCAUGGUACAUGCACCAUAAGGCACAGAGUUAGACUUCUGUAGCAGCUAAGCUAGCUGGCUGGCUACUUACCCACAGUGCAUUGUAUUAUUGACAAGUCCCGUGAUCACAUGAUCAACUUGACCAGGAAGUAAGGAUUUCUGCUUGUAGUACUUGGCUGCGCGGCCAGUUAGUGGAGUUGUGAUGGCAUCUGACACCAGUGAAGCAGCAUCGUCCACUGCAGACCUCAAGCUGCAGUUUGCUCCCUUCAGCAGCGCCCUGGAAGCAGGCUUCUGGCACCAGCUGACUCAGAAGAAGCUUGAUGACUACAGAUUGGACGAGAGCCCUAAAUGUAUCAAAGGAUAUUACUACAAUGGUGACCCUCUUGGAUUGCCCACUCGCUUGACCUUGGAGUUCAGUGCGUUUGAAGUGGAUGGUCCAACACCAGCCCGCUGCUGUCCAGCUAUCGGAACACUGUAUAACACCAACACACUCGAUGCCUUUAAGACCACCGAUAAGAAGGCUCUGCUGGAGAAAGAGGCCAGAGAGAUAUGGGAUGCUAUACAGUCUGGGGCUGCGUUGAAGGACCCGUCCAUCCUCUGCAGAUUCAUUCUGCUGACCUUCGCGGAUUUGAAGAAGUACCAUUUCUACUACUGGUUCUGCUUCCCUGCACUAUGUUUCCCAGAGGGAAUAAAGAUUGUCCAACAGCCUUCUGUCAUCGACCAAGUUUUCUCAGCAAAACAGAUCACAGCCCUGCAGGAGGCCUAUGAUGGUCUGUGUAUCAAAAGAGGGACCACUGCAGUUCCUUACUUCCUAAUGAAGUACACAGGUGACGCUGUUCAGAUGGCUCCAUUCGGGGACUGGGAUACAUUCUUUGCUGAUGCUAAGAAGGUCACUGUGGGUGUCUAUGAUCCGUGCACUCUGUCUCAACAUCCGGGCUGGCCUCUCAGAAAUCUGCUGGUCCUCAUCGCUAACCGAUGGGGCUCUAAGAUGGACACGGUGGACGUGCUGUGUUUCAGGGACCGAACGCUGCAGGGAAGCCGCUCCAUUCAGCACAGUCUCAUCUUCCAGAUCAAACUGCCUGAGCUUCCCCUCAACUCAGCAUGUCCUAAGAGUGUGGGCUGGGAAAAGAACCCUAAGGGGGCCAUGGGACCCAGGAUGGUCAACCUCAGUGAAUGCAUGGACCCUAAAAGGCUUGCAGAGUCAUCUGUGGACCUAAACUUGAAGCUAAUGAGAUGGAGGCUGGUUCCUUCCCUGGACCUGGACAAGGUGGUCAGCACAAAGUGUCUGCUACUGGGAGCUGGGACUCUGGGCUGCAAUGUAGCCAGGACUCUCAUGGGAUGGGGAGUCAGACACAUCACAUUUGUAGACAAUGCAAAGAUCUCAUACUCCAACCCAGUUCGGCAGCCGCUCUAUGAGUUUGAGGACUGUCUUGGAGGAGGGAAGUCCAAAGCGAUGGCAGCUGUUGACCGACUCACCAAAAUCUUUCCUGGUGUGAAUGCAGAGGGUUACAACAUGAGCAUCCCCAUGCCCGGCCACCCGGUGAACUUCUCUCAGGCCACUCUCUCCCAGGCCCAGAGGGAUGUCGAGCAGCUGGAGAAGCUCAUUUCAGAACAUGAUGUGGUCUUUUUACUAAUGGAUACAAGGGAGAGCCGCUGGCUGCCUACGGUAAUAGCAGCCAGCAAGAGGAAGCUUGUGGUGAAUGCCGCUCUGGGCUUUGACACAUUUGUCGUGAUGCGCCACGGCCUGAAGAAACCCCUGACCAGUCAGAGUGUUUCUACAGGGCUAGACUCCUCUCCCUCCUGUUCCUCUGCUUCGUCCUCGUCCUCCACACCGGCCGGCUCUGCGCCCUCUGUCCCGGGAUCCUCUCUGUUCUCCAACAUCCCAGGACACAAGCUGGGCUGCUACUUCUGCAACGAUGUUGUGGCACCAGGAGAUUCAACCAGGGAUCGGACUCUGGAUCAGCAGUGCACAGUCAGCAGACCGGGCCUGGCCAUGAUUGCUGGAGCCCUGGCUGUUGAGAUGAUGGUGUCCAUUCUGCAGCACAGUGAAGGAGGCUACGCAGUCGCCAGCAGCAGCGAUGACAGAAUGAAUGAACCUCCCACCUCUUUGGGUCUAGUGCCACAUCAGAUCCGAGGCUUUCUUUCGAGGUUUGACAAUGUCCUGCCUGCCAGCCUGGCAUUCGACAAAUGCACUGCCUGCUCACCCAUUGUCCUGGACCACUAUGAGAGGGAGGGUUUCAACUUCCUGUCCAAGGUUUUUAAUUCUUCCCACUCAUUCCUGGAGGACCUGACAGGGUUGACACUGUUGCACCAGGAGACACAGGCUGCAGAGAUUUGGGACAUGAGCGACGAUGAGAGCAUCUGAAGGACUGGAGGAACAAACCCUGAGACGGACACUCCAGUCCAUGUUUCUGUCUGUUUCAGUUGAAGGAAUCUCACAUUUACAAAGGACAAGGUGACAAAGGCUUUGAGGACAAGAGUAGACACGGUGCUCAAAUGUACGCAAACAAAACCAAGCACAUUACAAAAACGUCAGCAGAAAACGUCUCAGAAAGGCUUAAAAAUUCACGUUCUUCUGAAUUUGGAUUCAAGAUCAACCAAAGAGUUGAACCUUUAGAAUAGAGGAGCACAAUGGUACGAAAAAAAUAAGAAUUAAUGUCAAAACGUUCAUCCAAGUCUGUUUUUCACUGUUAUAUUAGAAACAGGAUCAAAACAACUUAGUUUUCCCACAUCGUGUGUUAUAAUUGAGCGAGAAUGUACCUGUUCCUGUCACUCUGUGGUGUGCGAUCAGUCACAGCUGCUCAGUAUUUGGAGCCAGUUCAAUUCCCUGAACAACAACACAGCAAAACACUGUAUUUGUAUCGAUGAAUGUUCUUAUUUUUGUCCGAAACGCUUUAAAAAGCCUCGCUGAAUGGUCGCAGGUUCAGCCGCUCCAUCGACACGUUUAAUGGGUUUGUUGAAGAGUCCUUUGGCAAGACGUUGACAUGCUACAUCUGCUCGCUCAUUCAGGUUGGACGGGAGCCUCAGAUAAAUUGAGAAAAUACAAAAACACGUGUGACAACUCAGCAAAUCCAUCCGUCAGCCCGUCUGUUUACUGGAGACUGUGAGACAUGCAGUGCAGUUAAUGCGAAAACCAGCUUUGUUGCUUUGAAAGUAGGAAACCUGCACACAGAUGUUACUGUACAGCGACUGGCCUCUGACGUGGAAACGAUUUACCGUCACCGUAGGACAACCUGAAAGCUACAACUGCAGGGUAGAAUCUGAGGAGCAGCUGAAGGUCUCUGUGGUUUGUUCGUGUUGAUGCAUGUCUGUGUUUGUCUGUGCAGUUUAUGUUGCUUUUCUUACUCUGCCGGGUCCCAUUUGUCUGAACUGCUAACACGUAUGAUAUUUGAACUGUCAUGAAAUGUUAAUUUCAACAGCCACUUGCAUAUUUAUGGAAGAGCGGGGUGAAAAAAAAAACGGGAUUCAGUUCAGAAUUUGAGAUCGACAUUAAAAAGUUAUGUUGGAACUGCAAGAAAAAUUCCAAAAUAAACUCCAGAAUUCAGACUUUUCCCGCAGAUUGUAUCAUUAAACUCAAGAUUCGGACUUUGCUCUCUUAAUUCCACCUUUUCUCUUCUGUAUUUCACCAAAAACUGGAAUAAAAUGUCUGUUAUUU